CAUGGCUCAAUGUUCUGGGGUUGUGGGAGCUGUAGUUUCUCAAGGUCUUGAGUCUUCUCUGCCAAAGAGGGCUGGUGCCUCUCCAAACACCUCUAAGAUUCCAUCGCACUGAGCCAUGGCAGAUAAAAGGGAUCACACUGCAUUUAUUCUACAAUAUAGAUGCACACACCCAGGCGAGAGGUUUGGCCAAGAGAGGCGCUGUCCCGCCCCGUGACCCGAGCGUUUUGGCGUGACGUGGCGUUUCCACGUGUUCGGAAGUAAGGCUCGUCAUUUCAGUGGGGCUGAGCGAGAACACCUGGGGAACUCGCCGCUGCUUUUCCCCCGCAUCAUCUUUGCUCCAAACAGAAGGGAGGAUGCUGAAAGCCGUCAUCCUCAUCGGGGGACCCCAAAAAGGGACCCGCUUCCGGCCCUUGUCUUUUGAGGUGCCCAAGCCCUUGUUCCCUGUGGCAGGGGUGCCUAUGGUCCAGCAUCACAUUGAGGCAUGCACUAAGGUACCCAACAUGAAGGAGAUCCUCCUGAUCGGUUUCUAUCAGCCCAAUGAGGCCCUCAGCCGCUUCCUGAUCUCAGCACAGCAAGAGUUCAAAAUCCCCAUACGGUAUUUACAAGAAUACGCAGCCCUUGGCACAGGUGGAGGCAUCUACCACUUCCGGGAUCAGAUCCUCUCAGGAAACCCCGAAGCCUUCUUUGUGCUGAAUGCUGACGUCUGCUCUGCCUUCCCUCUCAAUGAGAUGCUCAGCUUCCACCGGCAGCGGAGUGAUCCAGACAGCUUCAUUAUGCUGGGCACCACGGUAGCCAACAGGAAACAGUCUCUCAACUAUGGAUGCAUUGUGGCAAAUUCAGACACACACGAGGUCCUGCACUAUGUGGAGAAGCCCAGCACAUUUGUCAGUGAGCUUAUCAACUGUGGCAUCUACUUGUUCACUCCAGCUAUCUUCCAUCAUAUUGGAGCCGUCUUCCAACGGAACCAGCAGGAACUACUCUUGGGCGCAUGCAUUGGAGAGGAGAGCACCAACGGAUGGCAGCGAGCUGAAGCCAUCAGAUUGGAGCAAGAUGUAUUCACAUCUCUUGCUGGGCAGGGACGCCUCUUUGCCUACAAAACAGAGGGGUUCUGGAGCCAAAUCAAGUCUGCUGGGUCUGCCAUCUAUGCCAAUCGCCUUUAUCUUAGCUGUUACAGCCAGUGCCAUCCUGAGAGACUUGCCCAGAACCGACCUGGUGGACCUACCAUCCGAGGGAAUGUCUACAUCCAUCCAACAGCCUCGGUGGAUGCCAGUGCAGUGCUCGGCCCCAAUGUUUCCAUUGGGAAAGGUGUAAUGAUUGGGGCUGGAGUGCGUGUGCGGGAAUCCAUCAUCCUUCAUGGAGCUUCUCUUCAGGACCAUACAUGUGUGCUAAACAGCAUUGUGGGCUGGGAGAGCACCAUUGGGCGCUGGGCCCGUGUGGAGGGGACUCCCAGUGACCCCAAUCCUAAUGAUCCCUAUGCAAAGAUAGACAGUGAGACUCUUUUCCGGGAGGGCCGUCUCACCCCUUCCAUCACCAUUCUGGGCUGCAACGUGACCAUCCCUGCUGAAGUUGUCAUCCUGAACUCCAUUGUCCUGCCUCACAAGGAACUCAGCCGAAGCUUCAAGAACCAAAUCAUCCUCUGAAGAGGCAGGAUGAGGCUGGUGACCUCCUUCUGUACUCAGAGAGGCCUCAUAAUGAGGUAGCCGGAGACUAUAUCCAAUCCACCCUCAAGCUGCAUCCUGUCUUUGUUUCUGGUUUGAUGCGACAAGGACAGCAUCAGGACAAAUUCCCCUCUUGGCCAUGUUUCUGGAUGAAGGGCAUAGCUGCUGUUUGGACUGGAGAGAUUUGAAACAUACGACCUCUUUCUCUUUGUAAAUUCUACAAAACCUCCCUUCAAUGGCAGAAGCUGGUUUCUGCCAUUCUAACUCCCUGUUAACCAAGCCAACUGGUAGGAGAGAUGUGGGGAGAUGCAUAAGCGGUGGGUUUUCUUGGGAUUUAGGGCACUAGUGGGACUUGGGGACAGGUCAUUGUGGUCCUUUGGAUCUUAGAUUCCUUUAAUCACCAAUUCUUUCAUGUCUUGGUAAUCUUCCUCCUGAUUCUCCAUAGCAGAAGUGCAGGCAGUGUGACGGCACAGCAGAUUUAGAAAUGGUUGGUAGCACCAUGUGGCAAAAAGAUCUACAGGAGCGGAAAGGGUAAAAUGGCAGCUGGAUACAGCAAAUGUAUAUCAAGGAAAAUAUUUGGAGAUGUUGUCUUUUCAUUUGAACAGAAUGGUUUUCCCAAAUGCAUGGAACAGGAGCCUUUGUUGGGCAUGGAGUGGGAGGGGAGACUCCAGGUCAUGAGAAACUGCCACACAGGUGUUAAGGUUGAGUAGCUGCCAUCCAGGGUUCAGGUCCAAGGAGUGGGAAGCCCUUCAACCAUUAGCAAUACCUUUCAUUGAGACAUCUGAAGUUGAAAGAAUAGGACAGCUAGAGUGCUUUUUAAAAAUCUGAUGUCUAUGAUAUAAAAGUUUUAAAACAAAAAUCCAACAGUACUUAUGUUUUUUCUUGCCUUAAUGAUAAGCUGACAAAUCCAGCAUGUCAUGGGCUGAUUUCACAUUAAAUUACUGAGCUGGCAGCUGCUGAGAUGUGCCCAAGGGAAUCCAAAAACAUAGAGAAGGUUAAGUUUUAAAUUUUGCCUCCUGUAAAGCACUUUGGAAAGUGGCAUAUAAAUACCUGAAAUAAGUGAAUGUGGGGAAGUGAAGUUGUUGUUUUUUUUUUUUGAGGCUGCAAUUCAGUUCUGGAAAUUGGCUCAAAUCCAUUAUCUUCCUCCUGUAUGCUCAUAAAUUAGAAUAUCCAAUAACCUGGAAGCAGCAUUGAAGGAUUUUUUUUUCAUGUCAGGAGCAACUUGAGAAACUGAAAAUUGCUUUUGUGUGAGAGAAUUGGCUGUCUGCAAUGACGUUGCCCAGGGGAAGCCCGGAUGUUUUUGAUGUUUUACCAUCCUUGUGGGAGGCUUCUCUCAUGUCUCUGCAUGGAGCUGGAGCUCACAGAGGGAGCUCAUCCAUGCUCUCCCCAGAUUGAAUUCGAACUGGCAACCUUCAGGUCAGCAACUCAGCCUUCAAGUCAUCAGUCCUGCCGGCGCAAGGGUUUUAACCAUCUGGGGCUCCACUGGAAGAAAUGGCUGAACUAAAGCAGAAUGUCAACAUGUGUCCCAUGGAGACUAUCAAAGAUCAUGUUUUCCGUCCACCUCUAAUCCAGGUGAACUCCUAAUACAGCACCCCAAUAAAUACCAGCCCUGGUUUGAAGUCUCCUUUAUAAAGGAAGUUCUUCUGAAUAUUUAAUUGAAAGCCUAUUUAAUAAUUUGAACCUGUUGAUUUGGGUCCCACCCUGAGGGCAACAGGGAAGAGUCCCCAUUGGCUGUGUGGCAGCCCUUCAAAUAUUUGAACAUGGCUGUUGUAUCACCUCUUAAUUGUUUCCUCUCCAGAGCAAACAUACUCAACCCCUUCAGCUAAUUCAAACAACAUCAGCUGCGCUCUGCUUAUGAUCGGUGUGAUAGCUUUUCAAGUGCCUGUCAUAUCACCUCUUAAUCAUCUCUUUCCCCAGCCUAAAGAUACCUAGUUUCUGUGUUUCCUCAUAGGAUUUCUAGGUAGUAGAGUUAUAUCUGGAACAGGCUCUAUUGGCUCGGAUUGCAGCUGUCUGAAAAAUUAACCUAUAAAGAGCACACUCUAUGGCUGUAGUCAUUUACUAUAUUGAAAGCAGAACAUUUUCCUACAUUGCCACUCCCAUCCCAAGGCGGUUUGGGUGGAUUUGCAUAACAAAACCUAGGCCUCUUGGGCACCUUGUUAUGCAUUCAGUCCAGGGCUUGCUUUUAAAAAUUGUCUUUCAUUGGUCUCUAGCCCCUUUUUGUUAACUUGCAGCAUCUGUCAUUUAUAAUUAGUUAAAAAUGUGUGUAAUUAUAUAUAUUUAUCCACUUUGAGCUUCUGGCUUCUGAAUCAAGGUGGAUGGAUUUUUUUUUUUUUUUUUGCUGAACUGUGAGUCUAAAGAAAAAGAAGGCAUCAAAGCAUUUAACACCAUGCCAAAGUUCAACAUGUGAGUGGGAGCAAUUGAAAAAUAAAAAUCUCAGGAUCUGGG